AUGGAAGAGGAGGUACGGUAUACUGUCAGUGUAUUAAAUUCCUGACUGUUAUUUCAACAGGGUGUGCUGUUACUUGACGAGUCACUACCUGCCUUGCGCAACUAGGAACUCGUUAAAAGCAGCAGUAGAAAAGUGAAGACACAUUUUGGCACACUGCGAUUAUCAACUUGAGGUGCUCAGUAGAUGGUUAGCAGUGGGAUGGCAGUGAAUGAUCGUGUUGGAGUUACUUUGAACAGGGGGACUUCAGUCAAAAUGGAGGAAAAGCUGAAAAGUAAACUUACAGUGUAGCAUAUUCCACCAAGUGAUGAUGCUGGAACAGAACCAGAAGAUCUGUGACCUGUCAUCACUUCUCCCAGAGAGGGUGCGUCUGAACACAAAGAGGCUUCACAACUCCCCCAAACCCCGGUCUUUGCUCUUCAGCAUCCAUAUAAGCUUUACUAUUAGGUUGAGUGAUGGGGUCACUUGUUCAUCUGUCUACCCUGCUCCUCAUUUUGGGCUUGACUGCCCACGUGUGGACCCUUAACCCCGAUGACCCAAACGUCUGCAGCCACUGGGAAAGUUAUGCCGUCACUGUUCAGGAGUCUUAUGCUCAUCCGUUUGACCAGAUCUACUACACCAGGUGCACUGAUAUCCUUAACUGGUUCAAGUGCACAAGGCACAGGAUCAGCUAUAAGACAGCUUACCGGCGGGGAGUAAGGACCAUGUAUAGGCGCCGCUCACAGUGUUGUCCUGGUUACUUUGAGAGUGGAGAUUUAUGUGUCCCUCUUUGCACAGAAGAGUGCGUCCACGGCCGCUGUGUGUCCCCAGAUACCUGCCAAUGUGAGCCAGGAUGGGGUGGGCUGGACUGCUCCAGUGGUUGCGAGAGCGACUUCUGGGGACCUCAUUGCAGCAAUCGGUGCCAAUGCCAAAAUGAGGCCAAGUGCAACCCCAUCACUGGGGCGUGCGUCUGCACCGAUGGCUACCAAGGAUGGCGCUGCGAGGAGCUCUGUGAACCCGGUUACUAUGGAAAGGCUUGCCAACUGCCAUGCCAGUGUCUCAAUGGAGCCACCUGUGAUCAUGAAACUGGUGAAUGCAUCUGUGCGCCAGGCUACACGGGUGCCUUCUGUGGAGAACGCUGUCCCUACGGCAGUCAUGGGCCACAGUGUGAGCAAGGGUGUCCCUGCCAGAAUGGAGGCACGUGCCACCACAUCACCGGAGAUUGCUCCUGCCGGGCAGGGUGGACGGGUUCUGUGUGUGGCCAGCCAUGCCCAAUUGGCAAGUACGGCAUCAACUGUAGUAAAGACUGUUCCUGCCGCAAUGGCGGCCUGUGUGACCACAUCACGGGCCAGUGCCAGUGUGCAGCUGGCUUCAGCGGCCGCAGGUGCCAAGAUGACUGUCCUGUGGGCACCUACGGUCCACAGUGUAACCAAAAAUGCGAGUGCCACAACGGAGCCAAGUGCCACCACAUUAAUGGAGCUUGUCUAUGUGAAACUGGCUUUAAAGGGCCAAACUGCCAGGAGAGAUUCUGUCCCACAGGCCUAUAUGGUCUUAUAUGUGACAAGUACUGCCCGUGUAACGCCACCAACACUGUGAGCUGCCACCCGCUUUCUGGAGAAUGUACUUGCACUCCAGGAUGGACAGGAAUUUACUGUAAUGAGACAUGCCCGCCUGGCUACUACGGGGAGGGAUGUAUGCUGCCAUGUAGUUGUACCAAUGGAGCCGACUGCCACCCGAUCAUUGGUACUUGCAUGUGUGCGCCGGGCUUUAUGGGUGAAGACUGCGCAACUGAGUGUCCUCCUGGUUUGUUUGGACCUAGCUGCAUGUCCACUUGCUCCUGCCAUAACCACGCUUCCUGCUCGCCUGUCGACGGAUCCUGCAUGUGUAGGGAAGGCUGGCAAGGGGUAGACUGCACUAUCCUGUGCUCCAGUGGUCUUUGGGGUCUGGCCUGUAAUCAAUCUUGCUUGUGCGCCAACGGUGCUGCAUGUGACCCUGUCGACGGCACCUGUACGUGUUCUCCAGGGUGGAGGGGCGAGCACUGCGAUGAGCCCUGUCCUGACGGCACUUUUGGUCUGGAGUGCAGGGAGCGCUGUGACUGCAGUCAUGCGGACAGCUGCGACCCAGUGAGUGGGUAUUGCCGCUGCCACCCAGGCUGGACAGGAAUCCAUUGUGAUAACGUGUGCCCACAAGGCUACUGGGGCAGCAACUGUACGCUCAGCUGCCCGUGUCAGAAUGGAGGCUCCUGCUCUCCUGAGGAUGGAACAUGUGUGUGCGCACCUGGAUUCAGAGGAACUUCCUGCAAAAGAACAUGCUCUCCCGGCUUCUACGGGCACCGCUGCAGCCAAUCAUGCCCGCGAUGUGUGCACAGCACAGGGCCAUGCCAUCAUGUAACUGGCCGCUGUGAGUGUCUGUCCGGCUACUCAGGCCCCUUGUGCAACCAAGUUUGUCCCAGUGGCAGGUAUGGAAGGGCCUGUGCAGAAAUUUGCCGCUGCACCAACAACGGCACCUGUAACCCCAUUGAUGGGUCAUGCCAGUGUUUCCCUGGUUGGAUUGGGCAUGACUGCUCUCAGGCCUGUCCUUCUGACCGCUGGGGCCCAGAUUGCCUCAAUUCAUGCAACUGUCACAAUGGAGCUCAGUGCAGCGCCUACGACGGCGAGUGUAGAUGCGGCCCCGGCUGGACUGGUCUCUACUGCACUCAGCGCUGUCCCUCAGGCUUCUACGGCAGGGAUUGUUCCGAAGUCUGUCGCUGCCAGAACGGCGCCGAGUGCGACCACAUCACGGGCCUGUGCGCGUGUCGAACCGGCUUCAUUGGGACGAGUUGCGAGCAGAAGUGUCCUGCUGGUACAUUUGGAUAUGGCUGUCAGCAGCUGUGUGAGUGCCUGAACAAUGCUACCUGUGACUAUGUAACCGGGACAUGCUACUGCAGCCUGGGAUACAAAGGCAUCCGUUGUGAUCAAGCAUCCCUAAUGAUGGAGGAGCUGAACCCCUAUACUAAGAUUAGUCCGGCCAGAGGGUCGGAACGCCAGUCGGCCGGCGCCGUCAUGGGCAUCAUCUUCCUCCUCCUUAUCAUCAUGGCCAUGCUCAGUCUGUUUGUGUGGUACAGACAGAGGCAGAGGGAGAAAGGACACGAGAUCCAACCAAGUGUGUCAUACUCACAAGCCAUGCAGAUGACCAACACUGACUAUUCUCUCUCUGAGUGUGGCAGCACUGUUGCCAUAAAGACCAGUGCAUCUGAGGUCAAUCCAAAUCCAAGCAGCAGUAGCAGCAGCAGCACCGGGCAGUGCUUCUCUAACCCCAGCUACCACACGGUGGCCCAGUGCAACGUUGUCUCAACCAUCUCCAGCAACCUAGAUGCCACGCUGACCCUCAAAUCCAGCACUCUGAAAAGCCGAAACGGUUCCGACUGGAGAGCCUACUGCAACCUCAAUGAUCUUGCAGAUGUUCAACAGGGGGAGACACAGGCUCCGAGAGGCUCCAGAAAAGAUUUCAUCAAGGGCUCCUUGUGCAACAACAGCCCCUGCUCCCUGAACACUGAGAAUCCCUACGCCACAAUCAGGGACCCGCCUGGGUUGUCGUGCAAGCACACAGAGAGCAGCUAUGUGGAAAUGAAGUCCCCCUCCCACCGCGAAGUGCCCUUCGGGGGCACCGCUACGCUCCUGGGUGGCACAAGGGGGAACAUCUAUGAUGUUGCCAUCGCAGAGCCUACAGUGAGUGUUUUGCAAGGACCCAACGGGAUGGCCACUGGCUUCUCACAGAACCCAUACGAGCGGCCCCGCGGCAGCCACAUCCCAACCCACUAUGACAUUCUGCCUAUGCGCCACAGCCCCACGCACACUUCGCCGCCAUCACACCCGGAGAGCCCCAGCUCCCUCCUUUAGAGGCGCCAACUUGGCAACAGUCAGUCCAUUUUCAUACAGCCCCUUUGUCUUCAUGUGGUCAACAAUAGCGUGACAGCCACAUCUUAUGGGGACCCUCAAGGAAAAAGCAAAGAUGGAAUGCCCACGCACCAGCAGUCAUUCACUUGUUUUAUUUUCCCGGAUCUUAGACUGCUUCCUUGAUGUUUAUGGACCCUCUGGAGCGGGACGUUUUAGAAGGGACAAAGGCUGCCAGACUUGAAAUUGGUGGACAAGUUAUUCACAGGGACACAGCUGUCCUUCACUUUAGUUAAUAGAAGGGCAAGAUGCGAUUGACGUGAGUAACGGUUGUGCACCAGUUAACAAUGGACAGCAGUUGUAUUUAUGAUGCACAUAAGGGGUGGGUUGUUUUUUUUAAAACGGCCAUGGAAUUCAAAUAAAGUUUUAAAGGGGGAGUUGCAACUAAAUAAAAAAUCACCCCCAUCCUGGAAAAACACCUUAUUUGUAAAACAGUGUUACCAUAACUAAUGAUACCCAGUAGAAGAUGUGGCCAAAGAUGGCUAAGUAUUUUAUUUUCUUCUGUCAAUUCAUGAUGAGUGUUUUCACAAAUGUGAAAACAGUUGCAAACUCCCCCUUUAAAGUUCAUGUACAUUAUGUAAAAUAGUACCCAUGAUGGGAAUAAAGACAGCAGAAAAUGGAUGGUUUUCUCGUAAUGUUAGAAAUAAUACCUAUAAAUAAUUUUCAUUUUGAAUUGUAAUUUACCAGCUAUCUAAAAGAAUUGUGAAAAGAAAAAGGAUAUUAGUUAUAUUUGAUAUUACUGUAUAUUAUUUACAAUAAAUCACAUGUUUAAACCAUUAACAUAACUAAAUCAUUUAAAGGUAUGACAGGAUUCUCGAUCAAUGCACAUUUGGCAAACGGGUGUAAAUGGCUUACAAGCCUUACCUUAACCAACUCUGAUGCACAGACGUCACAUGUCAGGCGUCAACAGGAUGGUGCAAUCAGCUGCAGUGUAAAAGCUGAAGACUAUGAUCUAAAUGAUUUUUUUAAAAAAUGGAUAGAAAAUAAUGUCAGCCACAGUCAGUCCUUUUAUUCGCUGUGCGCCAGUAAUGAGCACACAGCUAAGAGAUAGCAGGGUCAAAGUGAAGAGCUUCAUUUGUGUUGCAGCGUAAAUGAGGUUGUGAUAUUCAGGUCGGCAGAGUUGACGCGCUGACUGCGUCAAAAACACGUCCCAACUUUUGGGUUUGCUCCUCAUUAAUGAACUGACUGAAUCUUGUGUUGUUUUUUUCAUGUGCCAGAACUUUUGCUUGCAAACGUCUGUACAGAGUGUCGAGGAGAAAUGGUUUCGACCUUUGUUUGGUAUUUACACAGCUAAUUUCUUUCUUAAUAUAUUUUAUAAGUAAUGGUGAAUUUAAUUCGUGUGACACUAGAAAUACUUUUGGAAAAAAAAAAAAAAAAAAAGAUGAGCAUGAACACAUUAUGGAUUCCCACUGAUGUACAUAACACCAACACGUCAAAUUUCUCUUCUUGUGAGAUGUAAUUUUGUGAAGCAUUUUAAAAAGAAAUUUUCUCUGUAAAUUAAAGUUCAGAUUUUACACACCAAAAAAAGAAAUGUCGACCAAUUCAACACUCACAAAUAUCCUGUGGUGUUAUAUAUAUAUGGGGGCAAAAAAAAAAAAAAAAAAAAAAAAAAUCUGUUUACAUUCAACAUUGUUAUUUGUUAUAAAUUCUGUUAACUCCCUCAUUGAGUGUGUCACUUGCAUUUAGCCCUCUGAAGGAGCAAUAACAUGUUGACAAUCGUUACCCAAGCUGUAUUUCAUCUGUGUUGGACAUGAGUCAGCUUACAUUACUUUACAUGACUCUUUUCUCUGUUAGUUAGUUUUUUUUUUUUUUUUUUUUUU